AUGCAUGUACCACAAAAAGAAAUCUAGGUUAAGAAUAACGAUUUCAAAGAAUAGUUGAACUAAUUUAGAAAAAUAUUAUUUAUCCUAUUAGAAGAUCCUUCAUCAAGUAGAUUAGCAGGGUUAAUAUAAUUUAUUGUUUGUUUUACUAUAUUGCUAUCUUAAGUUUAAAUACUUUGUGAUUCGCUAUUUGACAAGUAUAUGCAUUAAUCUGAACUAGUAAUUAAACCUAUAAUGAUUUAAGCAAUAAUUGUGAAAUCCUUAUUUUUGUUGUUUUUGCUAUUGAAUAUGUACUUCGAUUGUCAACUUAUACUGUCUAUGGGUAUCCCCUAAAGACAUUUUUAUUUUAGCAUAUGAAUAUUAUAGGUAGAUAAAUAAUUAAUUAUAGACCUGUUAUCAAUAGCUCCGCUUAGUAUAAUUUCAUUGGUGUAUGGUAAAACUGCAUUAAAUGGAUUUAGAAUUUUGAAAUUGUUUAAAGUGAUAAGAAUAUUAAAAAUAAAGAGAUACUUAAAAGGAGUAGAAAUUCUGUAUAAAAGUGUAGCAGAUUGCAUUUCUCAGUUUUACUUCUUAAUCAUAGCCUUCUUAUAAAUAACUCUUGCUUAUGCCAUUGUAUUAUAUUAUUCGGAGCAUACAGAAAAUGAUUUAGAAAUACAAAAUGCAGUUUGGUUAGGGAUUGUCACUAUGACAACUGUUGGAUAUGGAGAUUAUGUUCCAAAAUCUAUUAUUGGUAUAAUAGUAACUUGCAUUAUGGCAUUAAUGGCAAAUACAGUUAUCUUCUCACUGCCUGUGGCUAUUCUCAAUAUAGAAUUUUAAGAACUUUAUGGGAGCAAAAAAGAAGCUGAAUAGAUUAGCUUACUUAAAAAGGGGAUGAGAUCUGGAAGGAGAGACUCAAUAAAAAAUAAAGAAUUCAGUUUCUUUAAUCAAAGAUUACAAAUUAUUGAAUAAAGAAAUAAAGAGAUCUAGGAUUUAUUAAAUAAAAGCAAUAAGAUGGCAAAGGAACUUACACAAGAUUUGAAAAGAUUAUUUCUGUCAGUAAAUGAUGAUGCAGAUUAACUUCUUGAUAAUUUAAAUUCGCCAUUACUAAAUAAAUAGAAUGUUUUAUUAGUUAAGGCUAAUCUCUAUGAUAAAUUGAUGAGAGCCAAAAAGAAGAUUUAAAUAACUAAUAUUUUCAAAAAUCUAAUCCAAGAUUCUGAUUAAGAAAAAAAUGAAAGCCCAUUAAAUUAAACUGUACCUAUUAAAACAAACAAAUAAAAAAGCAUUUUUAGAAUUAUGGCUGAUCGAAAACAAAAUAAAAGAAAAGUUGGUCUAAAAAGCCAUUCUUGUGAAAAUAUUAAUUAAUUAAUAGUUCUCUAAAAUGAAGAGUAUGGGGAACUGCCUUUCGAUUUUUUAAAUGAAGUUAUUUUGUAAAUUCAUGAUGAUAUGUUUUAAGAUAUUGAUGAACAUCCUGUGAGUUAAUAAAAGCAUUCUAUAUUCAUCCCUGAAAAUAGUGAAAUAAUAAAUAGGGAAUCAUCUUUUAGAUUCAAUUCAUUAUAGUAUUAUUAAUAAUUAUAUUUAAGUGGAUUUGACAGUCCUAUGAAUAGGCUUAAUCAAUCAAAUAAUGGAAGUCCAAAGUAAUAUCGAAGAAAAAUAUCUGAUUUCACAAGUUUAGCUGACAAAAAGGCUAUUAUUAAUUUAAAAAGUGCGUAUAUUCCUCCUUUAUUUCUGCAUGAAAGUGGUUUUAAAAGUAUUACAGAAAAAUCUAACAGUAAAUUCAAAAACUCAUACAAAAAAUAGGAAAUUGAUGAAAUGCAUUAGAAAACUAAACCUAGAAUACCGCAUUAAUUUGUUAAUUAUAACAAUAACCUUAAAGAUAUAGAUAGUGGUAUAAAAAAAAAUGAAUUCCAAAAAAAAUACUUUAGAUCCUCGUUUGUUGACUUUUAUUCUCCUCAUCAAAUAUACUUAAACAUUCAAGAUUAAUGUUCUUGUAGUGAGUGUCUAAAACUUUAAUAUUGA